GCGCGCGCCCUGGUUGCCCCGGGAAACCUAACAGCAAGCUGCAGCAGUCCUCAGACCCGAGACAGCAGCAGGUCGAGCAUGGACAGCCACGACGGGGACACCGAAGGCGAAGGAAAAGCCGAAGAAGGCCUGACUAAGAAGCCUUCCGAGACCAGGGUCACCUUCGAUCCUCAGAUCCCGGCCGACCCUGCGGAGCCAGAGUUGGAGCCGGAGCCGGCAUCGGAAACGGAGUCAGAGCCUGGACCAGAGAGCCAGCCGGUUGCGGACGAACCCAAAGCAGAGGCUUCAGAGGGGAGCGAUUACGCGCAUGCCGAGGUCCCGGAAAGUCUGGAGGCCGCCGAGGCUGCGGGCGAGGCAGUAGAGGCAGCGAGUGAGGCCGUGUCCCAAGAGCCAGAGAGUCUGCCAGAGUCUGAGACCAAGCGGGAGUCCAAGGAGAGGGGCGAGGACGAGGACGAAGACGACGAUGAAGACGAGGACGAGGACAAGGACGAGGACGAGGAACCCGACCAGCCUGAGAAGCAGGAUAAGGUGAAGAGGGUGAAGAGCAAGGAGUCACGGUUCCGCCCCCAGCUGCCACUGACCACGAUCGUCGAGGAGGCGGCUGCUCCAGCCCCACGGGCUGAGAGAGAGAAAGCAAAGGAGUCAGAGCAGAAGCGAGGUAGCGAGGAGAUCGAGGGGACAGGUCGACAACGACACAAGAAAGGCAAAGACCAGCAUCUUCAACCUGGAGAUGAGGAGGAAGAGGAGGAUGAUGAGGACUACGAAGACUUUGAGUGGUCUGCGGAUUUUCGGAAGCUGCAAGAGCAGCAGCUGCGCGGUGAGCUAGUGGACCAGUACCACGCCUUGCUGGUGGAGCGGAGCCGGUACCAGCGCUACAAUGUGUACCUACAGCAGAAGAUCUCAGAGGCGCUACGCAAGAAGGGCAUGGAACCAGCUGAACCCGCGGACAAGGGCGCGGGACCAGACUCUCCCGAGAAAGAGCAAGCAUACUUGCGCUAUCUGGCCAUGCUGGAGGAACUGAAGAAACAAGAAGCGGACGACCUAGAGUGGUACCGCGAGGAGGUGCGUGAGAUGAAGCAGCAGUGCCAAGAGAAGCAGGCCAGGGUGGAGAAAGAGUGGCGGCGCUUCCAGGCCCUCAAGAAGCAGGUAGUGAUGCAGGUCAUGGGCAGCUGCCGCAUGCGCGGUGGGCGCCAGGCGGCUCUGAGAGAGGUGGAACAGAUCCAGGCGCUGGAGGAUAAAAAGGAGAAGGAGAUGAGCGCAGUGCGUCUCGAGAACGUGCAGCUGAAGCAGAGCCUGGUACACUUUGAAACCAGGAUGAAGGCCCAGGAGGACUUGGCUGAGGGGCUGCUCCUCAUCGACUUUGAACAGCUCAAAAUUGAGAACCAGACCUUCAACGAGAAAGUCGAGGAACGAAACGAGGAACUUUUAAAACUGCGCACUAAGGUGACCAGCAACGUGCAGAUUAUAACCCAUGUGAAGGAAAAGCUGUCUUUCAUAGACACAGAGAACGCAUGCAAAAAGGCACAACUUUUGGAAAUCGAGGCCCAGGUGGCCCUAGGAAGAGACCUAUUGACAAAGACGAAGCAAGCCCGAGACAGCCUGCGAACUGACAACAUUAGGCUGAAUCAGAAAUCUGGGCUUCUGGGUAAGGAAUCACUGCUCCGAGACUUUGAGGAAAAGGUGGAGAGGACAGAGUAUCUCAACAAGCGUCUGGAAUCCCUGAAGCGCAUUCACGCGGGGCUCACCUUGUCCUGCAAGGGGGUGAAGCAAAAGAUCAGAGAAGCCAAAACCUUCCUCCCCUCUUGACAGUCCUUGACAGGACAGUUGGCAAAACCUCCAAAACUCUCGUCUGCCC